CAUUUCCAGUAUAAGUGGACCACGAGUAGUUCAUAUACUACCCACGGAUAUUUAACCUAGCACCCUGAUUGACAAGCCGUUGAAGCAUAACCUCAAACUUCCAGGGAUGGUUGACUAUCACCAUAUUCUGAACCCAGAAAGGAUUCCUCCAAAGUUGGACCAAACAGGGAUCAUGCAUGCAUUUUAGCCGGAAAGCCGUGCGAAAGGAAAUCGGCAGCCAAGACUCCCCAACGCUCGCCUUCAUUAAAUUGCGGAGACAAGCAUCCUCAGGCCAUUCGUGGAUCAUUCCUUAAUUUAUCUUCCGUGCGCUUUAGCCGGACUGAUAGUUGCUGGCGGCAUGCAUCGUGAUUAUCCGAAAGCCUGUUGCCCGUCUCCCAAUCUCCCAUUCUUCAUCCUUUAUUUGUUCAACGCGACCCAUUUGAUCCACUCAAGAUGCCGGUGAUACCUUGCUCGAUUCCCCCGGAGAAUCAUCGGCGCCUGACAUCAUGAGAGCUAUACGACGCAUGGAUUCGACCCGGAGCCACUUAAUUAAAGCUGGCCUAUGUGGAGAGCUCGCCUUGGCCUGCUGUUCGGACUGUGUGGGGUUUAAUACUUUUUCUCCAUGAGCUCAUUUCAUUUCUCCGGCGGGCUAACCCAUGCUGAGAAAAUGGCCUGGAAUUUAAAGUCGUCGCGUUUCCCCUCGUCGGGCCUGCGUGGAGACGGACACAAUUACGCAAGGGAGCUCGUCUUCGUCGAGAAAAAUGGUUUCCGGUGUCUUUACGAAGGGGCUUCUGCUCCUGGGCCUGUUGUCCGGCCUGUCGCUUGGUCAAGAUGAGAAACCUCGCUACAAGGACCCCAGUGCUCCGGUGGAGGAGCGCGUCAGCGACUUACUGGGUCGCAUGACGCUUGAGGAGAAGAUGUCUCAAUUGAUUCAGGGCGAUAUCACCAACUGGAUGAAUGAGACCACUGGAGAAUUCAACCUCACGGGUUUGGAAUGGAGUACGAAAAUGAGAGGUGGAAUGUUCUACGUUGGAUAUCCCGUGCCGUGGGAUUUCAUCGCAGAUAAUGUCAAGAGAGCUCAGGACUAUAUUCUCCAGAACACCACGCUGGGAAUUCCGGCCAUUGUUCAAACCGAGUCUCUCCACGGAUUCUUAAUCGGCAAUGCAACGAUUUACAACUCCCCCAUCGGAUUCGCAUGCUCGUUCAACCCGGAGCUGAUCGAAAAGAUGGCGCGCCUCAUCAGUCAGGAGGCCACAGCCCUUGGAGUUAACCACCUGAUGGGACCGGUGGUUGAUCUUGCCCGUGAACUGCGAUUCGGAAGAGUGGAAGAGACAUACGGCGAAGACCCGUAUCUCGCAGGCGAAAUUGGAUAUCACUAUACCAAGGGAAUCCAAAGUCACAAUGUCUCCGCCAACGUCAAGCACUUCGUGGGAUUCUCCCAGCCCGAACAGGGCCUGAACACUGCACCCGUCCACGGCGGAGAGAGAUAUCUGCGCACUACUUGGUUGCCAUCGUUCAAGCGCGCGAUUAUGGAUGCCGGCGCAUGGAGUAUCAUGAGUGCAUACCACUCAUACGACGGCAUCCCCGCCGUAGCUGACUACCACACCCUCACCGAGAUCCUGCGCGAAGAAUGGGGCUUCAAAUACUGGGUGACCAGCGACGCCGGCGCAACCGACAGACUCUGCACAGCCUUCAAGCUCUGCCGCGCCGACCCCAUCGACAAGGAAGCCGUGACGCUGGCCGUGCUGCCAGCCGGAAACGACGUCGAGAUGGGCGGCGGCUCAUACAACUUCGAAACGAUCGUCGACCUGGUCAACGCCGGCAAGCUCGAUAUUAAAAUCGUCGACACGGCCGUGUCGCGUUUGCUCCGGGCGAAGUUCGAAAUGGGUCUCUUUGAGAACCCCUAUAACGGUGCUCCGACGUCUGACUGGCACAAGCUCAUCCAUACGCAGGAGGCGGUUGAUCUUGCCCGCGAGCUGGAUCGGGAGUCGAUCGUUCUGCUGGAGAACCAUGAUAACGCGCUCCCCUUGAAGAAGAGCGGCAGCAUUGCUGUUAUCGGGCCCAUGGCGCAUGGGUUCAUGAACUACGGAGACUACGUCGUCUACGAAAGCCAGUACCGCGGCGUGACCCCAUUAGACGGCAUCAAGGCCGCCGUCGGCGACAAGGCGACAAUCAACUACGCGCAGGGCUGCGAGCGCUGGAGCAACGACGAGUCCGGCUUCGCCGAGGCAGUCGAAGCAGCCCAGAAAUCCGACGUAGCGGUCGUGGUCGUGGGCACCUGGUCUCGCGACCAGAAGGAGCUCUGGGCCGGCCUCAACGCAACAACCGGCGAACACGUCGACGUGAACAGUCUCAACCUCGUCGGCGCGCAGGUGCCCCUCAUCAAAGCGAUCGUCGACACGGGCGUGCCCACCGUGGUGGUCCUCUCGAGCGGCAAGCCGGUGACGGAACCGUGGCUGUCGAACAGCACGGCGGCGCUCGUUCAGCAGUUCUACCCCUCCGAACAGGGCGGCAAUGCCCUCGCCGACGUGCUCUUCGGCGACUACAACCCCUCCGGCAAACUGUCCGUCAGCUUCCCGCGCUCCGUCGGCGACCUGCCCAUCUACUAUGACUAUCUGAACUCGGGGCGCGAGAUCGGCGACGCAGGGUACGUGUAUUCGAACGGAACGCUGGAGUUCGGGCACCAGUAUGCGCUUGGCAACCCCAAGGCGUGGUAUCCGUUCGGGUAUGGGAAGAGUUACUCCGGGUUCGAGUAUGGGGCUGUGACGCUUGAUAAGACGAAUGUGACGGCGGCGGAUACGGUGACGGUGAGUGUGGAGGUGAGGAAUACGGAUGCGGCGAGGGAUGGCACGGAGGUCGUGCAGGUGUAUGUGGUUGAUGAGCUUGCGUCGGUGGUGGUGCCGAAUCGGUUGCUGAAGGGGUUCAAGAAGGUGGUUAUUCCUGCUGGGCAGAGUAAGACUGUGGAGAUUCCGUUGAAGGUGCAGGAUCUGGGCCUGUGGAAUCUCCGCAUGAAGUAUGUUGUGGAGCCGGGGGCUUUUGGUGUGCUUGUGGGCAGUAGCUCUGAGGAUAUUCGGGGUAAUGCUACUUUCUAUGUGCAGUGAUU